AAUUAAUGUGAGCGGUCGGUUUCCCUGUUCUACUUCGGGUUCUCCACUACUUUCUAUUGGUAUGAGAGGAAGUCAUCAGUCGGAAAAUGUAGCUCUACCUGUACAGAAGAUUGUUGUUAACUUUUGGAGAUUUAGGUAAACCUGAAACUACGUAAAUCAACGGCCUCAGCUUCAUAAUAUGUGUCUCCUUCCAAGUAGAUUGUUGUAGGGUUUUCUGGAAAAUGGGAUACAGGGACUGAAUCUGGAAUAGCAAGAAGAAAUUUUGCCAACUUGUUCGAGAUGACGAGCUGCCAGUUCGUUAAGUUUAUGGACCAAAAUUUCUCUCAAAUCUUGACUUUUCCAGUGAAUCUGAUGAUGGAUUUUAAAAAAUUGGCUGAAGUGAUCACUUUAGAGGGUCCAAGUGGCAACUGUUGGCUGGUCAGAUUAUCGCAGCUAGCAGGCCAUGUAUAUCUUAAAGAGGGCUGGAAGGAAUUUGUUGAAGCACAUCAUGUUGAAGAAGGUGACUGCUUGGUUUUUGAAUAUUGUGGGAGUUCACGUUUUAGUGUUCUAAUAUUUGACAGAAGCGGUUGUGAGAGAGAAGCUGCGUACUUCGUUAGAAUCAUGAAUCCUAUCCCUACAAAAGAAUGUCAGGCAGAGGAAAAACACGAAAGGCAACUCCCUGAUGUUUUAAAAUUUUCUUCUCCACGAUUUCCUAGUGAUGAUAAUUCAUCCCUGCAAGUGGUUUCAGAUGAUGAAAAAAGCUCUUCAUUCAAAGGAAAAUUUGGUCGCAGAAGGUUUAGUACUAGAUCAUGUGCACCCAAUGACAAAACUAAUUGUGAACAUGAUAUUCAGUCAAAAAAAGUAGAACACUCAGCUAAACAUGAUUCUGUUAAUACGCAAGAGAGACAGACAACGGGCUUGAAGUUGAAAGCAGAAGUGAGAUACUUGCGUGGUACAAAGGCAAUCCGUGCAGAAACUCCUUAUUUCACGAAGUUUUUAUUGCCUUCCCAUUUCAGUGGAUCCCAUUUUUUUAUGACAUUUCCUUGUGACUUUGCAGUAAAACAUCUCCAUCUUACACCACAAAAAAUAUUUCUCCGGUAUCAUAAUAAGAUGUGGUCAGCAAUGUAUAAGCUUAAAUCAGCUUCCAACGGACACUCGGUGACAGGAAUUUCUGGAGAGGGAUGGCGUAAGUUUGUGCAAGAUAAUGAGUUGUGUAGAGGGGAUGGAUGCAUAUUUGUGCUCUCAGAAGCUUCUAAAAGGGUAAAGGUCUUUGAUGUUCAUAUAGUGCGUGUUGAUGACUAACUUACAUGGCCCAAUUUACUUGACCAAAUAGCUGAUCUCAUAUGCUUUCAGUUCAGUAGAAACUUUGAUCUGUUUGCAUUUUCCUGAAUAUCAUAUUGUUUUGGACUUAUGUUGCAGUAUCCUUUUUGAGAUUUGUGAUGUGCAUAGAAGCAAAGUGCAUGAUCAUGCUAAAAUGGUGUGAUUUUUUCACCUUGAUGUAAGAAGACUGCAAUAUCUUUUCUCAGUUUCUGUGAUAUAAAUGAUAUUAGUUUACCUUUCA